AGUCAUUAAACAAAUUAUUUAGGCAUAAAUGUCUUGUAAUUUUCAAUAAUGUGUUUAUUUUCUUUUUGUUGUUGGUUUCAUCAUUAAAAUAAAAAAAAAAAAAACAAUAAUUGACUUUAUUGUUUGACUUUAUUUUGUUGUUUUUGUAAGAUGUAAAUACUCCUGAAUAAACUAAUUAAUUUUUUGUAAAUUUAUACUCCAAUAAAUUAUUCAAUUUUUAUCUCAUAUUGUUUUUUGUAAUUUUAAAUUAUGUAAAAUAACAAUAAAAAUUUUCAAACUUUAUUAAAAUAUAAAAUUGCAUGAAUAAAAAAAAAAUUACAAUAAUAAAAAAUUCUUAACCAAUCGUUGUUUUUAAUCAUACAGACAGGUUUAAAGAACAUUUUUCUACAACUUUAGGCACAGUCGUGUUUCCACCUUCACCAAGUAAAGACAAAUUAUGUGCCAAUAAUUUUUCAUUUUCACAAUUUAAUUAAAAUUAUAUCAACAAUAUCAAGUCUCAAAAAUGAGUUUGAUAACUGUUACUAUAAAAUUUUUAAUUGGAGCUGUUUUAUGCAAUUGUGCAUUAGCUGCAUCACCAAUUGUAAGAAUAAAAAAUGGUACACUUGAAGGAGCAAUUAUGAAAACAAGAAAUAAUAGAAAUAUUAUUGGAUUUAGAGGUGUACCAUAUGCACUACCUCCACUUGACGAAUUACGAUUUCAGCCACCAAAACCAGCAGCAUCUUGGAAAGGAAUUAAAUCAGCUAAAAAUGAUGCUGAUAUUUGUACACAAAGAAAUAUUUAUACACAUCAAAAAGAAGUCGUUGGAGUUGAAGAUUGUCUUUACUUAAAUGUUUAUACACCAAAAUUACCUGACAAUAAACAUUAUGAUGUACGUAAAAAUUAUCCAGUUAUGAUAUGGUUUCACGGUGGUGGUUGGGUAACUGGCGCUGGUCAUUCUGAAUUUUACAAUCCAAAAUUUCUUCUUGAUCAUGAUGUCAUUCUCGUUACUGUUAACUUUCGACUGGGUCCAUUAGGUUUUCUCAGUACUGAGGACAUGACUUUGCCUGGUAAUCAGGGCAUGAAAGAUCAAGCUCAAUCAAUCAGAUGGGUAAAUGAAAACAUUGCUGCUUUUGGAGGUGAUCCAAAUCGUGUGACAAUAUUUGGAGAAAGUGCAGGAGGAGCAAGUGUUCAUUAUCACAUGAUGAGUAAACUGUCAAGAGGACUAUUUCAUCGUGGAAUUUCACACAGUGGAACGGCUCUGUGUCCUUGGGUACUAACACGACCAGGAGUUGCUAAAAAACAAGCUAAACGACUUGGUCAAUAUCUCAAUUGUCCAACAGAUUCAUCAAAAAAACUUUUAGAUUGUCUUAUGAAGAAAGAUGCAGUUGAAAUUAUUGCAACUGAUAAAAAAUUUCAAAUCUUUGACUAUGAUCCAAUGAUACCAUUCAGACCUGUGAUUGAACCAAAUCAUCCAGGUGCAUUUUUAAGUGAAGAACCAGCUGAAUCUCUUAAAAGAGGAAAUAUGGUUGAUGUGCCAUGGAUGACUGGAUUUAAUUCACACGAGGGAACAAUUAAAGUUGCUGGACUUUAUGGUAUUAAAGAAAAGCAAUAUGUCAAACAAUUGAAUGAUAAAUUUAUUGAGCUUGGACCAACAACUUUGUUGUUUGAAGAUACAUGCCCACAAGAAUUACAUGUUGAUACUGUUAAAAAAAUUAGAAAAUUUUAUUUAAAUGACAAGCCUGUUGAUGAAUCAAAUAAAUUUGCAGUCAUUGAUAUGUAUUCAGAUGCGUGGUUCAAUGUUGGUGGAGACAUGGCUGUAAGAGAUCAUCUUGAGACACUUUCAAGUCCUGUGUAUUAUUAUUAUUUUGCCUACAGAGGUGUAGCAUCAUUUUCAAAAAUAUUUGGUGCUCCAGAGGGUGAUUAUGGUGUAUCACAUGCAGAUGAACUUCAAUAUUUAUUCCCAGUUGGUGAACAAUUGUUCCAGGACACUCCACUCAGUAAAGAGGAUCACAAAGUCAUUGAUGUUAUGACAAGCUUGUGGUAUAAUUUUGCCAACUCUGGAAAUCCAACACCAAAAUUCACACCAAAAGUACCAUUGAAAUGGAAACCAGUACGUACUCAAGAACUUGAAUAUCUUCAUAUUGAAAAUUCAAAAAAUAUAACAAUGCUGAAAAAUCUUCUUCAUGAAAGAAUGAAAUUUUGGGAAAGUUUGCCACAUCGUGCUGCAGUUACCAUAUCAAAUGGACAACCAAUUAUUAAAGAUGAAUUAUAAAUAUUUUAUCAAGUUAGAUAAAUUCAUUUUAUGAAUGUUAAAAAAAUACCAAGCAAUGUUCAUAAUUAUAUAUAAAUUUAAGUUUUAUACUAAUAAUAUUAUAAAAAUUUAUUAAAAUUAAAAUUGUUAUUAAUAUAAAAAAGAAUACUAAUAUUUUUAUAAAUUAAAAUAAAAUUAAAAUAAAUAAUUAUCAAUAAAAAUUAAAAACAAACGAUUAAUUAAAAUUGAUAUUAUUUAGCAGACACUUUUAC